AUGAGUCAAACAUCUCUGAAACAGAAAAAGAAGAAUGAUUCUACACCAAAAUACUCAAAAGACAAUCUAGAAACGGAGAAAAGACGGGAAUCUGAAAGAUCAGUUCGCCUCAGCUCUCAGAUGAGGCGUGCAGUCAAUCCGAAUCACUGGCUGAGAUGUUGCCCCAUGCGUCCUCAUCUGUCGUGUAGACACUGCCUUAGUGCAGCUGAGGGAACAGUCCUUCCUGGCCCCUGCCGCACAUUACGAAUUUAUAUUCACAUGUGCCUGUUUUCGAAUCAGGGCCAGCAGGUCACCAUGAUCAGGGGAUCACAAGAAGUACUGCCGAAGACAGAGUCUCGAGGGUACGUCGUGCGAAGCCAGUGGUCUGGAACUUCACGGAACACAACCCCCAGAGUCCCAUCCGCAGAAGAACAAAGAAGCAAGAGCACCAUACUUAAGGCCCCCACAAGCUCCACAACUUCCCGGACUUCCUCCACCACCCACAGCCAGACGGAGUCCCAGCACGAGCUAGCAGACCACGCUACCCCGUCCACGCCGCCUGUGCCGCGCACGCCACCCACACCGCGCACGCCACCCACGCCGCGCACGCCACCCACGCCGCGCACGCCACCCACGCCGCGCACGCCACCCACGCCGCGCACGCCACUCACGCCCGUGGACUCCAAUCCUUGCACGCCCCUGGAGCCCCAGCCUCAGCCCCAGCCUCAGCCCUUGACCGGGCGCAGCAUCAAGAUGCCUGAGACCCAUGACAACUGGAACCACAGCAUGAUACGUGACAGGGACAGGGACAGGGACAGGGACAGGGACAGGGACAGGGAUGCCCGAGAUGCCCGGGACGGCCGGGACUCCCGGGGGUCCCCGAGGGACUCCCGGGAGCCACAGCAGCGGGAUUACCCGCGCACGCCCCCCCUGGAAUGGAAGCCCUACUCGCAGCGCCGGAACACCUACAACUCCCAGGACCGGGACUACAUGGCUGACAUGGCCCGGCCGCGGGAUGAUGAUGACGACGACGAGGAGGCCUACUGGUCAUCAGUGAGGACACUGUACGAGAAGAACCCGGGCUGCUCACGCCCCCGUCCGGCCAAACCCAAGCACGCCCUCACCAUCGCUGUGUCCUCCCGGGCUCUGUUCAACAUGGUGGACGGCAGAAAAGUCUACGAGGAGGAGGGCCUGGAAAAGUACAUGGAGUACCAGCUCUGCAACGAGAACGUCAUCCUGACGCCGGGACCCGCCUUCCGCUUCGUCAAGGCCCUGCAGCAUGUCAAUGCUAGACUCCGCGAUCUGUAUCCUGAAGAACACGAAUUAUUUGAUAUUGUACUGAUGACUAAUAACCAUGCCCAAGUGGGAGUGCGGCUUAUAAACAGCGUCAAUCACUACGGCUUGCUGAUUGACCGCUUCUGUCUGACCGGUGGGAAAAGCCCUGUCGGCUAUUUGAAGUCAUAUCUUACCAACUUCUACCUGUCUGCGGACUAUGAAAAAGUCCAAGAAGCACUACAAGAAGGGAUCGCCGCUGCAACCAUGUUUGACACAGGCAAAGACAUGUCUUACUGUGACUCGCAGCUCCGUGUGGCUUUUGAUGGAGACUCUCUCCUCUUCUCUGAGGAGAUGGAAUAUUCUACCAAGGAGCACGGGCUGGAGAAAUUCUUUCAACAUGAAGCACAAUGUGAGACUAAGCCUAUUGUUCAGGGUCCCCUGAAGUGCUUUCUGGAAGAAUUAGGCAGACUGCAAAAGAAGUUCUUUGCCAAAGACCAACGGUUAUGUUGUCCUAUCAGGACCUACCUGAUUACCGCCAGAAACGCAGCCAGUUCAGGUGCCCGAGUGCUGAAAUUGCUUCGCCGCUGGGGUCUAGAGAUAGAUGAAGCCCUUUUCCUUGCAGGAGCCUCCAAAGGUCCCAUCUUGGUGAAAAUUCGGCCCCACAUCUUCUUUGAUGACCGCAUGUUCCGUAUUGAAGGGGCCCAGAAAUUUGGCACCAACUCCCCUCAUGUACCGUAUAGCAUAACUCAAAAAAUGAACAAUUAG